UGAAUCGAAUUUUCAACUGGCUCGAUAGGAAUUUCUUGACCGGCUCACCACUCUCCCCCCGCGCAUCUAAGAAGAACUUUGAGGGCGUUGGAGAGGAUUUCAAACCUGCGAUCAUCUAUAAUAAUAAGCCAGGUAUUUUCUAUACGGAAGAAGAAGUUUCAUCGUUGGCCAAACCAUUUGAGUUCUCUUUGAUUGGAAAAUUUUCUGGUUCUCGCCCUCCUUAUGCGGUGGUUCUCCAAGCUUUUCAAAAUCUUGGUCUUUCAAGCUUCUUUAAUAUCCGAUUUCUUAGAUUUGGCUAUGUUUUUAUGCACCUCACAUCGAGUGAGGAUAUGGCUCGGGUAUGGAUUAAAGGAGUGCGGUUUAUUGGAGGUGUGCCUUUGAGAAUCUUCAAAUGUACGCCAUAUUUCUCAUAUACUGUUGGAUCUUCUGUAGUUCCAGUGUGGAUACACUUUCCAGAUCUUCCACUUCAUAUGUUCAGCAAGGCUAUGCUUUUUUCUGGUGCCAGCAUCAUAGGGAAGCCAAUUAAAAUUGAUGAAGCUACAGCAGACUGCUUGAGACUAUCUGUAGCAAGGGUGUGUGUGGAAAUUGACUUGCUAAAACCAAAGAUCGAAGACUUCUGGAUUGGUAUAGGUGAGGAAAAGAGACUACAAAGAGUGGAAUUUGAGAAACAUCCAAGUAACUGUGUUCAGUGUCUGCAUCUGGGCCAUUCGGUUGAGGAAUGUUAUGCAAGUGGAAACAAUGGGAAAUCAGCAGGGUGGGGUCCGGCAUUGCCACAUUGGGACCUAAAUCUGGUGGUGAGGAUCUAAGGGAGAAGUUAAACAAUAGGAAUGCAGCUUUUACAGAAAAGGUGGAUUCUGAGCUCCCUAUUGAGGCACUGGAUGGUAAUGUUCAGAGGGUUGAAAAGCAAGUUUGGAUACAAAAGAAAGGUAUUUCAAAAGAUCAAGCUACUAAGUCUAAGUUUGUUAAAGCUCAGGGAAACAGUUUUUAUUGUUUGGCUGAUUUGGAGGAGGAAAAAAAGUGGUUGAGCAAGCAGUGGUUGAUGUGGACUCUGGAUGUAGAGGAGACAUGGGUGAAUUAGAGGGGAAGCAUGAAUUGGUAGAGAAAAUGUUGGACGUUGAAGAACAAGAGUUAGAUGAGCUAGAUGCUCACUUGGUUGCUGUCUUAGAUCCGGCUCCUGCUGUUAAUCAGAUCAAUACAUUAAAGGCUGGAAUAAGGAGGGAUAAGGGUAAAACUGUUGUUGGUUUUUCAGUAAAGGAGGCAUGUCAACAGGUCGUACAAGACAAUCGAGGUAGUUCUUUAGUUCAAAAUCAGAAGGUGCCAAUUCUGAAGGAGACUACAGGGUCUAAAUUGGCUACACAGGUUUUAUAUGGAAAGGGUCAUAUUGUAAUAAAUCCAGGGCACAAGGUUUCAGCAGGAGGAAGUGUGGUUGCUUUAUAGAAUCAAGCUAGUCCAGCUGGUUUGGCAAGUUUACAGGAAAUGGAUGAUAAUUCUAUUUCCAGGACUGAAGCUUAUAAUGCAGCUGUUGGUUCUGGGAUUUUUGAUAUGGCUGGGGUGAAUCCGAAGGAUGAAGUUGAAAGAAAUGAUAUUUCUAAGUCGUUUGAGGAUGAGGAUGAUUCUGAUUAUGGAGAGGCAGUGGAUUCACAGAGGUCUUCAUCUUUUCCGCUGGCUUCUAAUGUGAAAGACCCUCUUUGGAAAACCUCUACAAUGUACAAACCACCUGGAGUUAGCCGAAUGGUUACAAGAAGUAAGGCUCAGAUAGAAUAUGUUAUAAUCAUGAGAUUGAUAAGGAGCUUCGUGGAAUUUGCAAUUUGGAUAAGAGUGGCCUUCCAUAUAUUCGGUUUUCUUCAAAACCAUGUUAGAAUGAAGAUUGGAGACUUGAACCUGUGGCUAUAAAGAGCAGAAUUCUUGAAUGAUUAUUGUGAAUUUGGUGUUUCUGUCAGGCUGGAAUUUUUUAUGGAAUUCUUUUGGAUCCGAUGGUUUUUUUGCUCUUGUGUAUUUCAGUUUGGAAGUCUUCAAAAAGGUUAUGUGGUCGAUGGGAGUUUUUUUAGAGAUGAAUGAUGUAUUUAUUUCAAGGCUGCUGUGUAUAGAAUAUAAAAGAUAGUUGUGGGUUGCUAAGUAGACAUGCUGGGCAAGUUUUCUUUGUGAUUUGGUAAUGUGCAAGAUUUGGAGGAAUUAAUGUGAUUGGCUGUGGAAUUCUUAGUGUUCCUUAUUACUAAGGGAGUAUUUUAUGGAACAUUUUUUUCUUCUUAUUGAUAUUAUCUUGUGUCGUUGAUUUCCUGGAAUUUAUACUAAGAUACUGAGGGUUCUUUUAUGAUGGAGGGCAAGUUGCUGUAAUAUUUGAAGUGCUUUAUCUAGUGGAUAUUAGGAUAUGUAGCUGGCUUUACUAUGGUUAUUUGGAUGCUAAGUUCGGUGGUGAUGGAGGUUUUAUUUGCAGAAAUUUUAAGCUGUGAAUGUUUGCUAGGUGUGGUAAAUUGUUGUUAUUCGGUGCAAGUGAUUUGGAGCUGCUUUGUGUCUACAAAGAGCAUUGAUUACAGAAGUUAUGUGAGGGUUUUAAAUUGCUGAAUUUGGUGUAAUUGCCACUAUGGGUUGCUGUUAUUUGGUGUUAUUCUUGAUGCGUGAUUGCGUGCCGGUAAAUUGAGAUUUUGUUGAGCUGUUGUUGCUGUUGAAUUCCUCAGUUUUGCUGUUGGGUGCUGCUUGCCUGCUUCUUUUAAAGAAAAGCUGGUUAAAGUCUGUUGGCUGUGAAAUUAAUGCUGGGAUUCAUUUGGCUGGUUGUUUCUGUUAUCUAAAUAUGAAGUGAACUAGGGUGAAAAUAUCGUUUUGGUAAUGUUCGGUGGAUUUCUUUUGUGCAUUUAUUCUGUUUAUUAUGUGAUGCCAAUGUGUAGUACUGGGAUUUCUGCAUUACUAUAGA